UUAGACGUUUAUGUUUACGUUGCAUACUCCUAUCGAUUCGAUUUGUCGUCGUCCUCUGGCUCUGGGUCACCUGUUCAACUGUUCUUUGUUGCAGAGUCGCAGCAUCCUGCAGGGAGGGCUUCUUCGUAUUUUUGCUUCUCUCUCUGUGCCCUUUCUUUCUCAGUAGCAGAAAUCAGACAAAAGAAGGCGCGACAAGAUAAAUCUAUGUCGAGGGUUCUGUUCAGGUGGUUGAAACUCACGAGACCACCCUCCCUCUUCGAUCUCCCAGACAUUCUGUAAGUUGUAAGUGCACCAACCACAACCUCUAUUUUCAUCAUUUCAUGGAAUCGCUUACAAGGUCCUUUAAAGCGCAUUCUUCCUCAAGACACAUUCGCAAAAUCUCGGCCACCGGGCAAGAACCGAAUCAGGAAGAGCAGCAUAUCCUCUUAGUAGAUAUCGACGACCAAAUAUCCAAAUCUGGCUCUCCGACCAAUCGCAGAGAGGUUGUCGUCAAGGUCGACAACAACAACAAUGAUAACGGAAAACAGACUAAUUCUCGCAAUAACAACAGCACAGAUAUUCAACAGGUGGUGGAGCCCGGUAUUAGGAUAUGGCGGGAAUCCAGCUACGAGUUCUGGAAGGAUGAAAGCAUGGUGGCCGAGAACAUUGACAAACAUGCAUCGGGCGCCGAUGCCGAUAGCUUCUUCUUUCAGAAUCAACCGCAAGGGGUCGACGAUCCGCCGUUGAAGCUGAUCGAGCAGUUCUUGGAUAAACAGAAGCAAUCGGGAGAGAUGUUAUUGGAUAUGGACUUGGAGAUGGCCGAGCUUCAGAAUAAUCGGAACUCCGCUUCCUUUGUGGACAGCCCAGUGAACAGGGAGGCUUCGUUUAGGGAUCACAAGGUCUCCUUCCAAGAGCCUUGCGUUGAGAUAGCCCCGGAUUCCAUCCGACGACGUUACAAGGAAUCGUCGGACACAGAGGAACAGAAUCAACGGCAGCAAUACAAUCAUCUGGCGGAUUUGAGUGGUGGUGAUGGCAAAGGAGAGGUUUUGAAAUGCACUUCCAAUGCAACGUUUCGGCGCAACUCGAGCCUGUUGCCAACAAGGACCAAGUCAAGGCUCCUGGAUCCACCGGAGGAACAUGAUCGGAAAUCAGGGAGAGUGGCGAAAUCCGGGCAGUUGAAAUCCGGGUUGAUGGGGAAGACAGGCGAGGAGGACGACGACGAUCCUUUUUUGCAGGAGGACAUUCCGGAAGAAUACAAGAAAGUGAAGAUCGGUGCCUUCACACUUAUUCAAUGGGUGAGUUUAAUUUUACUCGUGGCAGCACUAAUUUGCAGCCUUUCAAUCCCUGCGCUGGAGCACAAGACCGUGUGGAGACUCCAUUUAUGGAAAUGGGAGGUCCUUAUUCUGGUAUUGAUUUGUGGGCGUUUAGUCUCCGGGUGGGGGAUUCAUCUGGUGGUGUUCUUCAUCGAGCGGAACUUCCUUCUACGAAAGCGGCUUCUGUAUUUUGUGUAUGGGGUGAGGAAGGCUGUUCAGAACUGUAUCUGGUUAGUCCUGGUUUUGAUCACUUGGCAUGCGAUGUUGGACAGGAACAUGGAGAAAGAUGCAAAUGGUAUGAUUGUGCCUUACAUAACCAAGAUUUUGUUCUCACUCUUAGUAACUACGUUUAUAUGGCUCGUAAAAACACUGCUAGUUAAGGUUCUAGCAUCGUCCUUCCAUGUCAGCACCUACUUUGAUAGGAUUCAGGAUUCUCUUUUCAAUCAAUAUGUGAUAGAGACCCUCUCCGGGCCCCCUUUGAUUGAAAUCCAGCAUAUACAGGAAGAAAACGAGAGGAUCAUGGCCGAGGUUCGGAACCUCCAGAAUGCGGGUGCUAAGGUACCCCCCGACCUCCGGGCCGCAGCCUUAUCGUCGAACAAAGUUGAGCGAGUAAUUGUAAAUAAUGAUGUUAUCCAGAGGAGUCUCAAGGUUGCAAAGAGCUUCAGGCUUUCCGGUACACUUUCUAAGCAACCAGAUGAUCAGGGCAUCACAAUUGACCACCUGCACAAGUUGAACCAGAAGAAUAUCUCUGCUUGGAAUAUGAAGAGGCUGAUGAAUAUAAUUCGGUAUGGCGUUCUGUCCACACUGGAUGAAAGGAUUUCGGAUUCCACUUACAAUGACGAGCCAUCCAUGCAGAUACGGAGUGAAUUUGAAGCAAAAGCUGCUGCAAAGAAGAUAUUCAACAAUGUGACUAGGCAUGGCUCCAAGUAUAUCUACCCCGAGGAUCUUAUGCGAUUCUUGAGAGAAGAUGAAGCUUUGAAGACCAUAAGUCUAUUUGAAGGAGCCACUGAAAAUAAGAGAAUCAGCAAGUCAGCUUUGAAGAACUGGGUGGUUAAUGCAUUUAGAGAAAGGAGAGCUCUUGCCUUGACACUAAAUGAUACGAAAACAGCUGUUAACAAACUCCAUCAGAUGGUAAAUGUCAUUGUGGGCAUCAUCAUAGUGAUUAUCUGGCUUCUUAUACUCGGGAUUACAACCAGCCGUCUCUUGGUCGCUAUUUCCUCUCAGAUCCUCGUGGUGGUAUUUAUCUUUGGGAACACAUGUAAGACGGUAUUCGAAUCAAUAAUUUUCUUGUUUGCAAUGCACCCAUAUGACGUUGGUGAUCGGUGCGAAGUGGAGGGAGUUCAGAUGAUAGUGGAAGAGAUGAACAUCUUAAGUACGGUAUUUCUACGGUAUGACAACCAGAAGAUAAUAUAUCCAAACAGUGUUCUCUCAACCAAGCCUAUCAGUAAUUUCUAUCGUAGUCCUGAUAUGGGAGAAGCUAUUGACUUCUGUGUCCACGUUUCAACUCCAGUAGAAAAAAUUGCUAUCAUCAAACAAAGAAUAAUAGAAUACAUUGAGAACAAGAAGGACCACUGGUACCCUGGCCCGAUGGUUGUAGUGAGGGAUGUGGAGGACAUGAACAGGUUGAAGAUAUCGGUGUGGUUCCAACACCGCAUGAACCAUCAGGACAUGGGGGAAAGGUGGGCGAGGAGAGCUUUCGUGGUGGAAGAGAUGAUCAGAAUUUUCAGAGAGCUCGACAUUGAAUACCGCAUGUUACCUCUUGACGUAAAUGUCCGCAAUAUGCCUACUUUGACUUCCACUCGAUAUCCCUCCAAUUGGACUGUUUGCUCUAAUUGAUUGUGUGCCAAAAACAAACAAACAAGAAGGGAGAGAAGAAUUCCACAUCACUCGCAGAUCGCAACAUUGUGGGUUGCU